AUGUCGAACUAUGCUAAGUUUAUGAAGGAGGUGAUAUCUAAAAAGCGUAAGUUAGAGGAUUAUGAGACAGUGAAGCUAAUAGAAGAGUGUAGUGCCAUUAUCAAGAUACAAUUACCGAAAAAUUUGAAGGAUCUGAAAAGUCUUACAAAUCCAUGUAUGAUUGGUGAGCUACAUAUUGAGAAGGCCUUGUGUGAUUUGAGUGCUAGUAUCAAUCUAAUGCUUAUCUCUAUCUUUCGGAAACUCAAUCUUGGAGAGGCCAUACAAACUACUAUUUCCUUACAAUUGGCGGAUCAUUCUUUGACGUAUCCUAGAGGUAUCAUUGAAGAUAUUUUAGUGAAGAAUGAUAGAUUCAUUUUUCCAGUUGAUUUUGUUGUGCUUGAUAUGGAGGAAGACCGAAAAAUUCCUAUAAUCUUGGGAAGACCUUUUCUUACAACAGGAAAAGCUUUGAUUGAUUUCCAUGAUGGUAACUUGACUCUAAGGGUGAAUGGUGAAGAAGUAAAGUUCAACAUUAGUAAUGCCAUGAAGUUUCCCAAAGAGCAAGCAGAGUGUAAGAGAGUGAAUGUUCUUGGGGUGGAUUUGGGCAUGAAUGAUGUGGAGGUGGUUGAUAGUGUCUUUGCUUUAGAAGCAUUACCGGUAGAAAAGGAGGUGCCAAAGAAGGGAUAUAUCUACAAGGCCCCAACUAUUAAUAAUAGCUCGAAGAAAAAGAAUACUACUAGUGAUGGGCGUGUUUUGAAGCAAUUACCCGCUCAUCUUUGA